CCCUUCCUGAGCGCCGCCGGCUCGGGGAUGGCGACGGGGUUCCUGCGGGGCGGGCGGUCGGGGCUGCCGCCUCCGCUGAAAGCCGAGGUAAAACGCGGCCGCCUUCCCCUUCUCUCCCCGGGGCGGCGGCCGCUCGGGCGGACCCGGCUCCGGCUGGGUUCUUUAGGCAGCGCCCGCCGUUGGUUGGCUGGGCGAGGGGCGGCUCCGCUCCGCGGGUGGGGAACGCGCAGCGAGCCGCGUCCCGCCCGGCCCGGGGCGGAGGAGCGACCGUCGGGGCUGCGGGAGGCGGCCCGGGGCGCCGCGUUUAAUUGAGCCCUUCUGCUGGGGGCGGGCGGGGAACGGAGCUGCGCGGGGCGCCGCCUCGCCCGGAGCCACGCGGCCGGGCGCUGCCGCGGUGACUUUCUUGAUUUCGCCUGGAGCUGCGCGCUGUGUCCGAGGCUUUGGCGCCUCUCCGCGCUGCGCCCACGGCGGGGCCGAUCCCGGGCACGGGGAGACGCGGUGUCACCGCACGGCGCUGCUCCGGAGCGCCGCUUUGAGAGCUUUUUGCUCCCGUCCUCUGGAAGGAGGGGUUACGAGUGAGCGCUGUGUGCGCAGGGGGAGGCGGUGUGGUUGGAAUCGAAGCGGGGAACGCGCUGAGGAUUGUGCUGAUGGGCCUCUGGUGCUCUUGGUGCUCAUCGCGGGUUCGUAAAUCAAUACGUUAUUUUGGAAUAUUUCCGUCCAGGGCUGAUGUAAGAUAUUGGGACAUUGAGCAGCAGCCUUUGUGGAAAAAAUGUCCUACUGUGUCAAAGAGAGAGCUCCCCCAGGUACGUCCGUGCGGUUCUGCGGCUGCUCCCGGAGCUCGGCAGGGUGAGGCGGAGGUUCUGAGCUGCUCCCCUCAGACUUAGAAAACGUGGCUUUCUUUGGGAAGAGGUUACGUUGCGAACACGGAGCGAGCUCUGAUGACUGCAGUGGAAGAGGAAUAUGCUGUGAAAGGAGGUAUCUGUUUAGGUUGCAGCGUUCUGGUUUGGGAUUGGAGAUCUAGGGAAGCCAGCAGCCGUGCUGAACUUCUUCAGGGAGCAGCAGUUUGUCAGUGAGUGUUCUAGCAGGACCAGGGCACGCAAAUUCUUUGAUUUGCAGGAUUAGAAGUAUCUUAAAGGCAUAAAAAAGAAGGAAAAAAAAAGUUAAUGGCUGGUAUAUGAAGUCGUUUCUGCUGAGUUGCUUGUAUUGAUCUUCUAAAAUUUUUUUUGGCUCAUGCUAAUUUUUGAGCCUGUUUUGCAGUGACUGCAGAGAACUGCGGUUGUGCUGGCUGGGAUGGGAGGCUGCUCCUUCUCUUCUGAUGGUAGAUCUUCUGCUGUGUGUGCAGCUUCAACAAGGCUUGGGGGGAAGGCUGCACCCACUGCAGAUAGCAGAGUUUGAGUGCAACUGCUCUGUUUUCUCUCAGAACCGCCAAGUUUUAGUGGGCUGGCACAGAGCAAUGGAGGGCAAUGUGGCAGAUAGAAAAGGAGUCGGUACAAAAGGAUGGGAGCAUUUCAACACAAUGAAUGAACUUGUUAAAAAUAUAUUAAAAAAAAAAAAAAAAGUAAAAAGACCAUCCAGAGAGUGGCGUGGCUGGAGUGGCACAGUGCUUAAAUACUUGGGUUGAGUUUUGCAACGCAAAAGAUAACUUCUUUUGACAGGGUCUCCUUGGACAGGGGUGUUUGUGGAAACGUGGCAGUUUUAUGGUUAAAAUAAACUGUCCGUGUAUAAAACUUAUGUGUGAAUUUGUAUGGGACAUAGCAAUGGCUCAUGGCUUCCUGAAAGCUAACUCCUGCAGAAUGGUUGCAUCUGUUCUUGUUAGUUGGGUCUCAUUUUUCACACCUCCACACUUCUUUGUUAGAGCUGGGCGUGAAGAUGGAGAAAAGUUCAGUCCUCCGCUGGGAGCUGAAGGCUGUGCUAGUCAGGGGUUGGCUUUUAUCUCUGUAGUCUUUGUAAAAAUUCCUCAAUGGAUUUCCCCCCUUAAUCCUGUUACUUCUUCAACAUUUAUAGCUCCAUCUCACUUUGUGUCUGCUGCAGCUCCUCUCUGUGGCUGACUCAGAGAUGAAAUGUGUUCCUUGUGUUCCCAGACUGGGAAAUUACUUAAUUAAUUCACUUGAUCUAGCAGCAUGGUUACAGGAGCAGGGCACAAAGCUCCAAGUUGGUUCUCUGGUCUGGCAUACAGAUUUACUCUGUGAUAUUGGAAGGAGAUAACUUGCUGCUUUUUCUCUCUCUUUUUUUUUUUCCUCCUGCUGUAGUAUGUGAUAGUGAUAAGCAAUUAGAGACCUAUGGCUGUAGGGGAAUGCAGAAAUGCUAGCACUUAAGUUAUUAAAUGAAGCUUAGAUAACCUCACUUGACUGUCUUUGAGCUGUUACACUACUGCUUUUCUUGCACCAAAUCCCAAGCAACAAUUUGAAGUUUAGUUGGGGAAUCAAACAAAAACCAGCCAGCAAACAACAGAGCUGCCCCCAAGCCCUCAAAACAGAGGAAAAAACAGCCCAGAGCAGCCAGCACAGAGCACAUGCUUGAUAUCCACAGUGAGGAAGCUGGAGAAUUUAAGGAGGAAAGUAAAAUGUUGGAGCCUGUGUUCCUAUGUGUCGUUUCUGAUCGCGUACUUGUUAUCUUGUCUUGUUUUGGCAGUGGGCAGCAUAGAUUUACAACCAAAUUGUUGGUCUGCAGCUGCACCAUCUGUUAAUCAGUGAAACUUUCCUUAUACCUACAGAUCUGUGGAUCAUUUUUAUUGGACAAAGUAGGCUUUUUCCUUUCCCAGUAAGAAUGAUGUGGUUUAAAGUUCCUUUGAAAUACAGAAACAACUGAGUUGUGUACAGUUGUCUCAGUCUUAAAAAUAUCUGAGGCCUUAAGAAGAAAGGUGGUUUUCUUGUUUUUGUUUUUUUUUUCCCCUAGAACUUCUGUUUUUUCUUUUUUAGUUUUCAGGGGAUUUCAGAUUGUGUAAGCAUAAUAAAAAAUAAAAAACAAAAAGGAAGGGAGUUACUGCUGUAGUGGCAUAGUGCUCUUGGAGGGGCUGGGAUGGACACUGGAAGAGAAUUCUCAGACCAGGGAGGAAUGUGUUGGGCACAGCUGGGGGAAAGGCAUUUCCACAGCUCCUGAGGCUUCUCAUGAGAAGGCAGAAGGGAAGUGCUGAUGUCUGAUUGCUGUUGAAGUGUGCCUUGCCUGGGAGCUCGUGGUGGAGCCUGCGAUUUUGCCAGGUGGAAAUGUGAGGUGUCAGCACACAGAAAUACACACUGCUGGGGCUCUGUUUCCGAGUGCUGCUGCCUUCUGCCCCCGAGGCCGUGGCUGUGAUAACGGCAGGGAAGCAGUUACUUUUCCUGAAGGCAUUCCUCCCUUUAACAUUCCUUUCUCCUUACAGUCAGACUGCUACACAUGCAACUAGUGAUUCCAUGGCACCUUCUACUUAAGCAUGUCUCAUACAUUGAGUGGAUUAGCACCCGAGUGUGAUAAAGAGCAGCAUGUGGCAGUCAGCUGCAGUCCAGAGAGAAACCCUCCAGCUUUGGCUGCCUGCAGUCCAGCAGGGAGGGAAGAUGGGCACAGCUGUGCAGGGUGGGUUGUAGGGUGGCGUGGAGGCUGCUGGUGUGGGAUGGAGUGGUGAGUUCUGGGUGCUGACUGGAGCCCAAAAUGCGUGGUAUGGGGGGGCACAGCUUUCCUUUUUGAUUGUUCCCUGUGCCCUUUCAGCCCAAGGGCUACCAGACGUACAGGGCAGCAGCAAACAAAAACUAGGCUGUGCUUUAAACGCUUCCUUAAGCUUCUACUUCUUGUCUCUUCGCUCUCUGUCUGUUUGUAUAUGUAUGCAUAUGUGUUUUCCUUCUAACUUUGAUAUCAAAUUGUUUUCAGUUACCCCAGGCUGCUUCCCUGUGUCUUAUCGACAGCAGAUUGAAAAGCUCUGCUGUGGCUGAGAGAUAGCUUGCACAAAGAGCUCAUUUCAUUUUAUCUGCUUCCCUGUGUUCCAGGGUACCAUUCCCUACCUCAUUUCUGUGUUCAUUUACAGCUCUACGUAUAUAAACUUUGCUAGAUGAUGAUCUGAGAUGAAAGGGAACGUUUCAAAAUUAGCUGUUCUCCAGCAGAGCGCGUGAUGGGAAGCAUUAAGUGUUUUGUUACAGUGUGUGUAAAUCCUUUUAUUGCUUGAAUGCAGGAGCUCAUACCAAUGAGUUCCCGCUAUUAUCCACCAUUCCUGGCCUGUAUUAUCCACCAUUUCUGGCCAGGGCUCUCCAGGCUGUUUGUGAAUUGACUCUUCAGUAAGCAGGGUGAAGGACAGGCUGCUGAAUGGUUGCAGUGUGUUGUUCUGCAGGGUUAAUGUUACUGCUGGAGUGGUGUUUUCUGGAACAAAUUAAUAGCUCCAAAGUAACUGUCCUGUUCUCAGACCAGUGCUUGAGGGUGCAAGCUCACGUUGGCUAGCUGUCCUGUUAAUAUGAAAGACAUGUUAUUAAUUAAAAGUGUAUUUAUUCACUCUGUACAGUUAUCUGAUUUGUAUGAUUUGGACAAGGUGGGAUGUAGAGAAGCUACAGAGCAUUUCGGGAAGACCGGAUGUGCUGAUAAAGAGAAGGUAUUUCCUGUAGAUGAGUUUUAGAACACAAAUUUAAGGAAUAAAUUAGCAAAGUAUAUCAAGUGAAGGAACGUCAUGUCUUGAUCUCUGUGUGAGGUUCACUGUGGUAAACGUGGGAGUCCUUCUCAGCAUCAGGUGGUGCACAGUUUGAGUCCUGCAGCAGAUCCAGGGACUUAAAGGAUAGCCACGAAGCCUUCAGUAUUUUCUCUGUAAGUCCUUUCUUGUGAUCCAAAUCUGUUCUCACCAGGGCUGCUCAUCAGCUGGUGCUGAGCCCCUGAUCAGGGAGCAGUGGGUGCCAUGGAAUCGCAGCUGGCCGGCAGGGCAAUGGAAGGCAGGCAGAGAGGCUCAGUAGGCAGCAGGAGGGUCGCGUUGGUGCAGAUCCGUGCUGCUCUCAGAAGCAGGUGGGUUGUGUUUGGACCAGCUCCUUUUUGGAAGACUUGUUUGCUGUGACUUCCUCUGAAAUGUGAGCCAGUGGUUGAGCCGUGGAAUUCUGUUUAAGCAUGUGUGCCUGCAUGGCAGAAAUAACCAAACCUCCUGCGUCACGUUGCGUUUCAGUCAUGCGAAUGAGCAACUCAGACCACGAAUUACCAGGGCGUACAGCCGGAGAACCGCUGCUCCAGGAGCGAGGCUGCCUUGUGCUUUUCAUAGUGCUCUCUGCAUGUGUUUUUGGUGCUGCUGCUUGAUAGCAUGGCUGCUGAUACCCUGCAGCACCAUCAGAUAUUAGAGGGAGGGUUUUACUACACUAGGAAAUAAUUUGCCUUACUCUCUGUGUCCUGAGCUCUUUUUUUUUUUUUCCCUUCCUUUCCUUCUCAGUUCAGCAUCUAUUUGAAAUGUAGUAUAGAUAUACUAACUUUUUAUCCAGCAGAGUCCCAUAUCAGCUUGAAUUAGCAUGUAUUUUUUAGAACAGAUUUCUGGCAAUUAACUGGAACUUUUAGAAGCUCUUUGUAGGUGGCGUUAACAGGUGAUUAUUCAAUUAAAGCACAGGUGUUAAGACUUGCUUCUCUGAGUCAUGUUAGCAGGAAUCUGAAGCCUGACAAGACGUGUGGUAUAAGGUCAUUUGUCCUGGGUUUGGGUUGAACUCCUUGAGCCCUUCUACAGAACAGAGACUGAAGCUGCAUAUCUGAGGAGUUGGAGGCUGCCUGCUUUCUCUAUUUUUCCAGAGCCUUGAGCACAUGGAGAAACAGAUUUUGCGAAGCCUCCAGUAAAUGAAACGCGGGAAUCGGAACAAUUCCUAAUGCAGGCACCCCCAGGAAAUCCACUGCUGCUUCCCCACACCCUGCAAGAGCUAUUGAGCAAGGAUAGCGUGCAGGUGGAGCUCAUACCUGAGAAGAAAGGUCUUUUUCUGAAACAUGUGGAAUAUGAAGUUUCCAGCAAGAGAUUCAAAUGCUCGGUCUAUAGGCGGUAUAAUGAUUUUGUGGUGUUCCAUGAGAUGCUGCUGCAGAAGUUCCCAUAUCGAAUGGUGCCAGCGCUUCCACCAAAGAGGAUGCUGGGAGCUGAUCGAGAAUUCAUAGAAUCAAGGAGGAGAGCUCUGAAGCGCUUUAUAAACCUGGUGGCUCGACAUCCCCCCUUCUCAGAAGAUGUGCUCUUGAAGCUCUUUCUGUCAUUCAGUGGCUCAGAUGUACAGAAUAAACUAAGAGAGUUGGUGCAGGGAGUGGGAGAUGAAUUUCUGACCUGCAGAUUGGCCACCCAAGCCAAGGACUUCCUCCCAGCUGACAUACAGGCCCAGUUUGCUGCCAGCAGGGAGCUCAUCCGGAAUAUUUAUAACAGCUUCUACAAGCUCCGGGACCGUGCAGAGAGGAUAGCAUCUCGAGCCAUUGAUAAUGCCUCAGAUCUCCUCAUAUUUGGGAAGGAACUAAGUGCUUUGGGCUCAGACACUACACCUCUUCCUUCCUGGGCUGCUUUGAAUAACAACACGUGGGGGACUUUGAAACAGGCCUUGAAGGGUCUGUCUGUUGAAUUUGCACUUCUGGCAGAUAAGGCUGUGCAGCAGGGUAAACAGGAAGAGAAUGAUGUGGUGGAGAAGCUGAACCUUUUCCUGGAUUUACUCCAGUCCUAUAAAGACCUGUGUGAAAGACAUGAGAAGGGGGUACUGCACAAGCACCAGCGAGCAUUGCAUAAGUACAGCAUGAUGAAGAAGCAGAUGAUGAGUGCCACUGUGCAGAACAAAGAACCAGAAUCAGUGGAGCAACUGGAAUCUCGAAUUGUGGAGCAAGAAAAUGCCAUCCUAACUAUGGAGCUUCGGAAUUACUUCUCUUUGUAUUGCCUGCAUCAGGAGACACAGCUCAUCCAUAUCUAUCUGCCCCUCACAUCUCACAUCUUGGGGGCCUUUGUCAAUUCCCAGAUCCAGGGUCACAAAGAGAUGAGUAAAGUUUGGAAUGAAUUGAAGCCGAAGUUGAGCUGCCUCUUCGUGGGAUCUAGCAAUAUGCCAACUCCACCAUUGUCACCUCCAGAUGGAAACUUCUUUUCCAAUUAAUACUCCGAGUACCUACCGUGAGCAAGAAGUGCAAUCAAGGGAGGGGUCGGACCUCUACCUCCAGAUGUUAGAAUGAAUCCUCCAAACAGCUUUUUUUCUUUUUAAAUACUGCUGCUUUGAGCUGCUCUCUGAUUUAGACAGACUGGAUGUGGGGCAGAACAUACAGAUAAAAAGACACUCUUAAUUUUGGAAUGCUCUAGGGCAGAGCUGAUUUUCGUUAUCUUGCAGACUGUCUUUGUGGGGUCAGGAAGUGGCAUGGUGCUGUAGGUGCUGCAGUGUUAUCACUGAUGCCUCUGCAUUUUGUACUAACUGUCCUCCCAGAAGGCUUAUCUGCACAUACACACAUGCUGAGAAGCUUCUGAAGUGCUGAGAUAAACAGGAUAUCUGAAGCACUUGCUCAUAGAGGAGAUAUGGAUUUCCUUUUAAGUUUGGGAGGGGCCUGUGUUAUAGGCAUGUGGGGAAAAGGAAAGCUGAAAGCCAUCCCAUGGGUAGUUGGCUGGAUUUGAAUUCUUACUGCUAAAUCUUAAAGCAAAAUAUAUGAACAAAGUGUCUGGGGUCACUAACGUGGUUGGGUGCAGGACAGCACUGCUGUAGCACAAUCAUUUUUCCCAUGGAGACUCAGCACAGUGUGUCAGUGUUGAUUCAGUUCAUGGUGGCAGGGCAGCCUGGGGACUUGCUCAUCUGAUUCAGUCAUAGGCUGAAGAUGACUGGGUUGGGUAACCUAGAGGAGUUUGCCUGGCAUAAAUGGGAACGUAAUUGAAUGAGACACUCCUUGACUGUAAUCUACUUGUGUUAUCCAAGCUGGACAGCUACAGCAGAGCAUUUCAGUUUAAUUUCUCCUGGAGGUUCUGACAUCCAUCUGCUGAGUCGCUGUUUAGGACUGUGGGAGAGCUGUGACCCCAUGGCUGGUGUCUCCUCUGGUCCAGUAUGAAAUGAAGGAUCCUGUUAUGCUGGUAGGCUGGGACACAGUGCUGAUAAAAUGGAUUAGCAGAAAUCAGUAUUUAUUGGAAAUUACUGCAUUUGUCUUUUCCAGCUCUGGAUGGCACUGGAGUGUGUGAAGAGAAGGCAAUGUCAGUGGCAGUUCUUUCUCUCUAGAAAUAGCACAGCCCUCAGUAAUGGGGUUUUCAGGAUGAUAUCUGAUAGUGAUAAAGGGACUAAUUAUUCUCCAUGUCUCACUUAGUAUCUCCAGUGACUUUUCCUCUUGAGGCAAAUGGCAGGGGGAGAACUCGUGUGUCAUGUUACUUUAGGGGGAAUUUUAUCCUCCAGAGAAAGUGAUAAGUGAAGAAACUAUAAACGUAUACAACAAAACUCAGUGUGAUCAGGACUCCCCUUAACUUAUCUUUGUGGGACCAAGUGAGCUGCCAAAGGGGAGCUUGACACUUGGCUUCUUACUGUUUUCUUCUUUUGGUAGAAAGGAAGCACGUUAUGAAGGGUGAAUGCUCACUGUUAAACUGGAACUGUUACAGUAUUUUCCCUUUGGGGAACUUCCUCAGUAGCAGGAAAUAGAUUUAAAUCUUCCCAUCACAAAAGGCUUUUUUUUGUGUGUCUUUUAUUUAGAAAAUUAAAUGCAACAAGAGAUCUUCCUCAACCAGGUGGAAAUUAUGAGUUAGAUUCAAGAGCAAGAUAAUAAGCUACUUGCCCAGUUUCAUAUCCCCAUUUCCCCUUCAGUAUGAGGGAAAGUGCACUUUCUCUGGGUGAAGUUUAGGGGUGCUGGGCCUUAAGGAGUGUGUAGGGUGCUUAUUUAACAACCUUGUUCAGAAUACACUAUCAAGAGUUUUUUUAUAGCAAUUCAGAUGUUAACUCUCUUCUGAGUCUUUCCUCCUAUGCACUGCCCUGGUCCACUAACUGAAAUGGUUGUGACGGAUCUUUCCCGAAGAUUUCCAAAGCGAUGUAGAAGAGAUUCUGUUUGCAAACCAGAGCAAAACUGGCUGGGGAGGGAAAUGCUUCUACAGUAAAAUAGCAAAUAAGGCAUCAUCUCAAGAAUGGCACAAAAGGGGCAGGUAGGGUUUGUUUGGGUUCUUUUCCCCCCUUCCUUGCUUGACCUUAUGUUGACUGGGAACGUAGUAAAUGUAAAAAACAUUCAAGCGUAUUCUUAAGUGCUCUUCAUCCUACUACCUUUAGAAGUUGCUGGCUGGUUAUAGGCAGUGACCUGUUUUGUCUUAGUACCCAUCCUCCUUUAUUGAGCUUUGAUUGUUGAAGUGGUGAGCAAAUUGAGAAAAUGCUGUAUGUGCCAGAGGAAGAUCUGGUCUGACUGGGGUGUGCUCUGUGAGCUUCUACUUGGCAAGUUCUCUGCAAUGAAACAUCUUUUUUUCCCCCUAACUGAGAAGUGCAAAGUAUAAUUUCAGAUUUUAAAAACAAAAGAAAAGAGUUUGCUAUUCUUCCAAGCAAGAAUUCUCUAGUUCCAAUGUACAGACUGCCAUACGUAUGCACAGACCACACAACCUCUAUAAAGAAACUGGAAUUAUGUUAUCUGAGAAAACACUUGUUAUUACAUUGUCAGCUGUUGCCUCUUUGAGGACAGUGGUUUUGAAGUGGGAUUUUCUUGGUUUUUUUUUUUGUUUUUUUUUUUAAUUCAUCUACUAUUUAGAAAACAGAAGGCUGGUAUCCUCAAAGCUGAUACAGCUAAUGGCACUCUGAGUUCAUUUCAUACUGAACUGUCAAGCUCCUGUCCAGAGUUUCAUACAACCAUUCAUUUUCAAACCUUCAGUGUGGGAGACUGACCCAUGUGCCAACAGCAGUGUCAUAUUUACGUCAGUAGCUGAGGGAUUUCUUUACUGUUUUGGUCCUGCUGAGAGAUGUCAGGCCUGCGGACAGGUCCUACUGUCUACAGUGUCCUUGCUCUAGAGGAAUGCAGCAGGGAAUCAACUGAGUUGUCUUCAGUUCUCUAUCUAUCCUAUUUACAAUGUACAGGGGAUAGAACUAGUUGCCUCUGUGCUGCUGUUUACAGCAGCAAACUGACUAUCCGCAAGGGUGAGAACAAGACUUCAGCUGUUGUUCCGUUGCUGUAGCUGGGUGGGUUGCAAUAAGCACUGAGCAAACUAUAAGAAUAACUGAAGAGCUGCCUAUCGAAGUACUGCUGCUCCUGUAAGAUGUUGCACCAAAGAGUUAAUGUGCCUUCUCGAGUGGAAGCUUUCUGCGUAGUGCUGGAGCUUAUGGUGACUCUCUUGUGUUUAAAAAUAACAAUGAUAGAAAAGGCCUCCAGUCUUUCUGUCUGUGUCUCAAAUAUCAUGGAGGUAUCAGGGUCGCAAACAAUGGGGACCUGGAAAAAUGUCUUAUCAGAAGGGCUAUAUGUUUUUGUCACUCUUAAGGUCACCUCUGCUCUAAGCUGUGACUGGCACUAUUCAGGCUUUUUGACCAACAUUGUAUGUUGAAAAGCUUUCCAAAUGACUACAUUUACAAUACAACCUUGAUCUUUGCUUCUUUUCCUCUUUCCCUCUUCUUUGAAAGCUGCUCUUUGUAACAUUUCCAACAGUGCCUUGCUGCAUUCCCAUGCUUUUACUCUUCUACUCUGAUCACACAGGGGUGCAGUUCCUGGCAUUUUUACAGACUAAUUCAUGGUCUCCACUUUCUGCUGCUCCUAAAGGACAAACUACUACCUGGGGGCUGUAAGCAGCCUCCUCACCUGCAGCACAAGAAACAGUCACUACUCGUGAGCGAAAACUCAGUGCUGGUGAAAGCACCUUCAUAAAAGGAUUGAUUGCAUAAUAAAUGCAAGUGCAGGCCUGAGCUGUGCUUGUUCUUUUCUUAUCCACAUUCCCAGAGCAAGAGAAUGUAAUUUGUUAGUUCCUGAUUUACAGUUUCCACCAGGAAAUAAAUUGGGAUAACAUAAGAAGUUAUCAGCUGCCAGUCACUCCCUUUUCUACCAUGCAGUAAGGUUUUACAUCCCAUUACUAACAACCUUACCUCCUUGUGCUCACUUUCUCUCCCUUCUUUGCCUCAAGCCAUUCUCUGAACUAGAACAGCCAGAAACUCAUACAGCUAUAUCAGAAACACAGAUGAGUAUCAAAAGCUUUGUAAAUAAGUCAUUGUGCAGCACAAAAGGGAAAAAAAAAAAGUAUAAGAUAACUCCUAUCCUUUAAGUCUGAGCUGUGGCUUAUGGAGCAGAUGAAGCAGGACAUUUUUUUUUGUGUGAUGUGAGUGAUUCAGAAUUGCAGGGAGGAGAGGAGAAAAAACAAUCUUGUUCAGAGGGUAUGAAUUUUGCCUGCCUGGAAUAUCCUGUAUCUUUGCUUUGCUCAAAUAGCCUUAUGUAUGAAGCACUUUAUCCAAAUGCAGGAAUUAAAGACCUUUACUACAGCUGGUAGACUGGAAAUGUUUACAGAGCCUAUAUGACAUUCCAAGAUUCUGUUACAUGUGUUUGUAAAAAUGUUUAAAGAACACAAAAGACCUUCUAUAAAGUUCCAUAUGUGAUAUUUCCA